AUGGCGCCCAGCUCGAAAUCGGAGCGGGGCGGCCCGGGGGGAAAGCGGGGCCCGGCGGGGGCGGCGGGUGGGUCCUCGGCCGGGCCGGGCCCGCGGGGCCGCCGCGAGCACGUCGUGAGGCAGCUCGACCGCGUCAAGCUCAGCGGGCAGCUCUCGCCCCGGCUCUUCCGCAAGCUGCCCCCGCGGGUCUGCGUCUCCCUGAAGAGCAUCGUGGACGAGGACUUGCUGUGCGCAGGGCACAUCUUCCUCGGCUUCUCCAAGUGCGGCCGCUACGUCCUCUCCUACACCAGCAACAGCGGCGACGACGACUUCUCCUUCUACAUCUACCAUCUCUACUGGUGGGAGUUCAACGUCCACAGCAAGCUCAAGCUGGUGCGGCAGGUUCGGCUCUUCCAGGACGAGGAGAUCUACAGCGACCUGUACCUGACGGUCUGCGAGUGGCCCAGCGACUCCUCCAAAGUCAUCGUCUUCGGCUUCAACACCCGCUCCGCUAACGGCCUCCUCGUCAACAUGAUGAUGAUGAGCGACGAGAACCACCGCGACAUUUACAUCAGCGCGGUGGCCAUGCCGCCUCCCAGGCACUGCCCCGGCUGCCGGGACGUGGCCCUCGCCCACCCCGGCGACCGGCAGGCGCACUGCCUGCGGCACGGCUUCAUGCUGCACACCAAGUACCAGGUGGUCUACCCCUUCCCCACCUUCCAGCCCGCCUUCCAGCUGAAGAAGGACCAGGUCGUCCUGCUCAACACCAGCUACUCCCUCGUGGCCUGCGCCGUCGCCGUCCACGCCGCAGGCGACAGCUGCCAAAUCCUCUACGAGCGCCGCAGCCCGCCGGCGCCCUGCCGCCGGGCAGGAUGCGUCCCGCCGCGGCCGGAGGAGCCGGGGGAGCGGGAGGGGGCGGCGGCGCAGCCCCUGGCGGGGCGGGGGGCGCCGGGGGGGGACGGGCAGGGCCGGGGGGGCGCGGGGCUCUCCCCCGCCGUGGCCAAAGCCAAAGAGUUCGUGGCCGACAUCUUCCGGCGCGCCAAGGAGGCCACGGGCCCCCCCGGUGAGCCCCCGCCCGCGCCCGGCCCCCCCUGCGCCCCCCCCGCGCCCCCCCCCGAGCCCGGCUACGUCAACUACACCAAACUGCGCUACGUGCUGGAGCCCGGCGAGCCCACCGCGCCCGAGGAGGAGUACGAGGACGACAAGAUCUCGCUGCCCUUCGUGGUCACCGACCUGCGCGGCCGCAGCCUGAAGCCGCUGAAGGAGCGGGGCGACGCCCAGGGGCAGCACCUGACGGUGGAGCAGCUGACGCUGGACUUCGAGUACGUCAUCAACGAGGUGAUCCGUAACGACGCCGCCUGGUCCCGCCAGUUCUGCUCCUUCAGCGACUACGACAUCGUCAUCCUCGAGGUCUGCCCCGAGACCAACCAGGUCAUCAUCAACAUCGGGCUGCUGCUCCUGGCCUUCCCCUCGCCCGACGAGGAGGGACAGCUUCGACCAAAGACCUACCACACCAGCCUGAAGGUCGCCUGGGACCUCAACACCGGCACCUUCGCCACCGUCAGCGUGGGGGAGCUCACCGAGGUCAAGGGACAGACGAGCGGCAGCGUCUGGAGUUCGUACCGCAAAGGCUGCGUGGACACGGUGAUGAAGUGGCUCGUCCCCGAGAGCAGCGGCCGCUACGUCAACAGGAUGACCAACGAGGCGCUGCACAAAGGCUGCUCCCUGAAGGUGCUGGCAGACAACGAGCGCUACACC